UCUCUCUCUCUCUCUAAACCCCCCUUUAUUUUUGCAUCAAUCAAUAUAUAUAUACAUGCCAAGAAUUCUUUCACAACCCUAAAAUCUUUAUACCCAUCAAGAAAACCCUAAUUCCAGAAAACCCUAUUCUUGUCUGCCUAUUUUCCGUUAUUGUGCACAGAUUUCAAGCCAUAAUUGAAUUGAUUAAUCAGUUUUCCUUCAUGGGUUUGCCAAAGAAGAUGGAUUCUGAGGAGGACAGACUUCUCCCAGAUCAAAAGGAUUUACACCAAUUGACAUUGCAGAAAUGUGACGAGGUGAAGGAGGUUCAUAACAAAGGAUCUUCUGCAGUGGGUGGUGUCUUGAAGAUGAAGAUGAAGAUGAAGAUGAAGGUAAGAAUUGAAGAAAGAGAUGAUGAUGGCCAUGGAGAUGGAGGGUGCAGUACGCCAAGAGCAGUGGAUAAGGAUGACGAUGUCCCACUUGAGUGCCCUCCAACUCCAAGAAAACCCAAAUCACUUCCACUUCCAUCCAUGAAAAGAAAAUUUUCUGACACAGCUUUGCUGGAUCUUUCCAAUGAAAUUGUGACACUCUUUCCACCCACUCUUCUUAGGGAUUUUUUAUGUGGUAAGAUUAAGAAAGUUAGGACAGACUCACUCACUCACACCAUUGGAUCAUUUGAGUGAACAAGCUGCCACUGUAACUGAUGAUCUGACUGUAAGUUUUUGAUUUUUUAUUCUGUGUGAUUUCUUAAAGGAUAUUCUUUGAAUUUCCCAUUAAUUGGUGAAAUUUCUUAUUUUCUUUUAAUGUAUGGUUUGGGAAUAUCUUAAUCUUGAUAUAUGUUAAUUGAUCUAUUCAUGUGAAAGAUGGUAUUAUA